AACUUUCCUUUUUUCCGGACUUCUUUUCAAAGCAACAUGCGUCUUGAGAAGUGUUAUUUCUGUUCGUCCACAAUAUAUCCAGGACAUGGAACAGUAUUUGUAAGGAACGACUGUAAAAUCUUUAGAUUUUGCCGUUCCAAAUGCCAUAAGAACUUCAAGAUGAAACGAAAUCCACGUAAAAUCAAGUGGACCAAAGCCUUCAGAAAGGCAGCAGGCAAAGAGCUUGCCAUAGACAGUGCAUUUGAAUUUGAAAAGAAAAGAAAUGUUCCAGUGAAAUACAACCGUGAGCUGUGGUCUAACACAGUGAGAGCCAUGAAGAGAAUAGAAGAAAUCAGAAGCAAGAGGCAAGAUCUUCACAUCAAAAACAGGUUAAAGCCUGACAAACAACUUAGAAAGGAGUCUGAGAUGAAGGAGGUCAAACAAGGAAUCACACUCAUUGCACCGCCAGUUGAGAAAAGAAAACUUGGACAAAAGAUCUCACAAGUUAUGCAAGAAGCUGAGAGUAUGGAAACGGAAGACUAAGACGAGCGUAAGACCACUGACUCUAUCCUGACACUGUUGAAUAAAAUAAAGAAUCUUGACUGAAUAAUAA